AUGGCCUCCCAGCCGCCGUGCGCCCCCAACUCCCCAGACGCCGCGGACGAGGACGGGAAGACAGCGCCCCAGUGCAGCCUGCCGCCGCCCUUGGUCCCCGCCGGCGACGGCGCGCAUUGGCCCCGCAGGCUGUCUUUGAUGGCCCUGGCCAAAGCCUAUGGCCGCUUCAAGCUGCCCAUCUUGGAGACGCGCCGAGACCGGCGGCUGGCCCCCGUCGACCCCCUGGCCGUAGCCACGGACUCGCCACCGCCCGAGGAGCACCUGAUGCCCGAGAAGACGUUCUGGGGCGACCAGGAGCCCCUGUCCAAGAUCCCGUUUAAAAUUCUGAGGGAACACCAGCACACUGUGAGCUCCUGUCACUUCUGUGCGGAUGACACGAAGCUCCUCAGUGGCUCCUAUGACUGCACCGUGAAGCUGUGGGACGCUGUGGACGGAUCCGUUGUGCGGGAUUUCAAGCCCAGGCCCGGAGCUCCCGUGCUAGAGUGCAGCGUCACGGCCGACAGCAGAAGAAUUAUUGCAGCAUCCUAUGACAAAACAGUGAGGGCUUGGGACCUUGAAACAGGCGAGCUGCUGUGGAAGAUCAGCCAUGAAACCUUGGUGAUCUCCUGUAAGUUUUCCCCUGACGGCAAAUAUGUGGUCUCAGGCUUGGAUGUGGAUUGCGGAAUCUGUAUAACAGAUGUGGAAAGUGCCACCACCGUGUCACACAUCAAAGACCAUCACGAAAGGUCAGUCACCGCAUGCUGCUUCGACCCUGACAGCCAGAAGGUGGCUUCCGUCUCGAUGGACAAGAGCAUUAAGAUCUGGGAUGUUACAUCCCAGGCCACGCUGCUCACCAUCACCAAGGCACAUUCCAGUGCAAUCUCCAACUGCUGUUUUACCUUCAGUGGCCAUUUCCUGUGCACAAGCUCCUGGGAUAAAACCUUAAAAAUAUGGAACGUCCAUACAGGGGAGUUUCGGAACUGUGGAGCCUGUGUAACUCUGAUGCAGGGCCACGAAGGUUCCGUGAGCUCCUGCCACUUUGCCAGAGACACCUCCCUUCUCGUGUCUGGAGGGUUCGACAGGACUGUGGCUAUUUGGGAUGUAGGAGAAGGUUACCGGAAGCUCUCCUUGAAGGGCCAUAAUGACUGGGUGAUGGAUGUUGCCAUUAGCAACAACAAGAAAUGGAUCCUGUCUGCUUCAAAGGAUAGGAGCAUGAGACUAUGGAAUAUUGAAGAAAUUGACGAAAUUCCGUUGGUAAUCGAGUACAAAAAGGCCCUGGGCUUAAGGGUGAAACAGUGUGAAGGAUGUGACAGGCCUUUCUCCAUCUACGAAAGUGACAUCUUUUCUGAAACAGUCACCAAAUGUGUGUUCUGCCGGAUGGAUGCAAACGACUCAGCAGAAGGCUCAUCAUCGUCAUCGGAAAGGGAGGACUCACCGUCAAGAGGGGGCAGCCUGGACAAGGAUGACUGA